AUGGCUCCUGCGCGCCAGAAGCCACUGCUGAAAGAGAAGUUUGUGCCAAUCUUCAGCAAGCUCAGGACCAGCACCUACGUUGACACACCCUUGACACGUCAACCACCACCGUCGCAUGCCAUUCGAACCAUAUCCUGGAAUGCGCUGGGAACCUUGAUCGCGACUGGAGCGGCCGAUCGAACCCUUCGAAUAUGGAAUCCAGAACGCACGAAUGUCAAAUACAGUACCGAGCUACGAGGUCACAGUGGUCCGGUCGAAAAAGUCGAGUUUAACCCGACGCAUGAGAGUGAAUUGGCAAGCUGCAGUGCAGAUGGCACGGUGAGGCUCUGGGAUGUGAGACGAAAGGAGAGCAUCGUGGAGAUAAAGCCCAACAUCGGAGGCAUAGAUCUGCUGGCUUGGAAGCCAGAUGGAGGAGAGCUGAUUAUAGGAAGGCAGGCGAGGGUGAUUCCUCGAUCCACGCUUACGCCCUCAACACCGCUGAAUUGCGAGACACCCGUAUCCUCACUCUCCUUCACCCACUCUACAACCAAUCCAUCUCUUCUACUCUGUAGCACAACGGGUGCCUUGACCCUUCACAGAUACCCUGACCUUUCAAAACUGCACACUCUCCGCGCACAUACGUCUCCUCUCCUCUCCCAUUCCCUCAACCCACCGGCUACACUCCUGGCUACAGGAGGCUCAGAUGCGCUCAUCACACUUUGGGACACACAAGAUUGGGUCUGUGUACGCAAGCUUGACAGGAGUGUAGGACCGGUCACCAGCGUGAGUUUCAGCUUUGACGGUAGCUAUGUGGUCGGCGGCAGCGACGAGGGUACAGGACUGGACAUUGCACAUGCAGAGACUGGAGAGUACGUGCAUAGCAUCGACACGAACUGGCCGAGUCCGUGUGUGCAAUGGCAUCCGCAUCGCUAUGUCCUGGCAUACACGAGCGACUCUGGUUUACGCAUCAUCGGCGCAUCCAGCACAACGUAG